AAUAUCAAGCCACCCCUCAACGAUGUCAUCGGACUACUUUCUGGUAAACUCCCCCGCGUCCCCGUUGUCGUCUACGAUGGAAGGGAGCUACACGUUCAACCAGCAGACGCAGCCCCGUAUGUCGCGAUAUCGCACGUCUGGGCCGAUGGCAUGGGGAGCAUAACCGAGGACGGCCUGCCAACCUGUGUAGUGAAGCGGAUCGCGGGGCUCGUUCAACAGCUCCUUCCCGAAACUGGUGCUUUCUGGAUGGACUCGCUGUGCGUUCCGGACGUCGAGAGCCUGCGGAAGGGUGCCAUCAAGCUCAUGUCUCAGACAUACCGAGACUCAGCGAAGGUACUUGUCAUCGACGACUGCAUCCGCUCGCAGUGUUCGGAGCACAAGACGUGGGAGGAGAACCUCUUCCGGAUCGCGACCUCUGGAUGGGUGCGGCGCGUUUGGACACUGCAGGAGGGUCUGCUGGCGCGCGACCUUUACUUCGAGUUUGUCGAGGGUCCAAUGAACGUCGAGCAAAAGCUUGGACUCCUUCCAUCCGAAUCUGAAAGCACCGAACACGACACCCCCGUGGAUGAGGAUGACUCCCUCAACUUCCUCGACCCCCACUCCUGCCCCUCUCAUGUCCCGGUGCUUGCCUUCCGCGCCAGACACCGCAGUUGCACACACCACCUGCCCCUCGACGACAUCAUUCGGCUACUGCGUCUUCGUACAACGACCAAGCCCGAGGACGAGACGAUCGCGAUAUCCUCGCUCCUUCCCAAUGUUGAUGUUGACGCGCUCCUGCGAGUCGCUCGCAUCCCCCGCGACAACUUCGCGCAGCGCCGCGUCCGCGAGUUCUUGCUCCAGCAGCGCAACGUCUCCAAGGCGUUCCCGACGCAGAUCACGCCACGCCUCGAGCUUCCCGCAUUCUCCUGGGCCCCGCGCACGCUUGUGUCUUGUAUUGAGGGCGCGAGCCUCACAUAUGGCACCGGAGUGUGCACCGCCGACGGUCUCAAAGCCGAAUACUUCGUCGCGAGAUUCGAGAAGCCCGUCGUGAUCCCCCAGGAGUGUAAGGACGGACACAAGAGCGAAUUCAGCAUCCUCCUCAGCCACCGCGCGUCGAUGGCGACGUAC